AUGAAGAUAUACAGCAUUGCCAUCCUGCGCAACUCGGGCAAUAAGGCGUUGGAGCUUUGCAGCGCCAAGGACCUGUCGCAAUUCGGGUUCUUCGAGCGUAACGGCGUGUCGCAGUUCAUGACGUUCUUCGGCGAGACCGUUGCCGGUCGCACGGGCGCCGGGCAGCGGCAGAGCAUUGAGGAGGGCAACUACGUGGGGCACGUGUACAGCCGUUCGGAGGGCCUGUGCGGUGUGCUGAUCACAGAUAAGGAGUACCCUGUGCGGCCUGCCUACACGCUGCUCAACAAGGUGCUGGACGAGUACCUGGUCGCACACCCGCCGGCCGAAUGGCGCGACAUCGCGCAGACCAGCGAUCAGCUGAAGCUGCGCGAGCUGGAGAUGUACCUCGCCAAGUACCAGGACCCAUCCCAGGCCGACUCCAUCAUGCGCGUCCAGCAGGAGCUGGACGAAACGAAGAUUGUGCUGCACAAGACGAUUGAGUCUGUGCUGCAGAGAGGCGAGAAGCUCGACAACCUGGUCGACAAGUCCGAGUCGCUGUCGGCGUCGUCGCGCAUGUUCUACAAGCAGGCCAAGAAGACGAACUCGUGCUGCCUGAUCAUGUGA